AUGCGCUCCUCCGUGUCGCGCCAGACCUACUCCACCAAGGGGGGCUUCAGCUCCAACUCUGCCUGCGGCGGGGGCGGCUCCCGGGCCCGCACCAGCUUCAGCUCCGUGACCGUGUCCCGCAGCGGGGGCAGCGGUGGGGGCGCCCGCUGUGGGCCCAGCCUGGGCGGCUUCGGCAGCCGCAGCCUCUACAACCUGGGGGGCAGCAAGAGCAUCUCGGUCAGCGUGGCCGGAGGGGCGUCCUCGGGACGCGGGCUGGGCGGCUUCGGCCUGGGCGGCGGGGCCUAUGUGGGCUCUGGCCGGCAGGCGUUCGGGCCCGUCUGUCCCCCCGGGGGCAUCCAAGAGGUCACGGUCAACCAGAGCCUGCUGACGCCCCUGCACGUGGAGAUCGACCCCGAGAUCCAGCGCGUGCGCACCCAGGAGCGCGAGCAGAUCAAGACGCUCAACAACAAGUUCGCCUCCUUCAUCGACAAGGUGCGCUUCCUGGAGCAGCAGAAUAAGGUGCUGGAGACCAAGUGGGCGCUGCUGCAGGAGCAGGGCCAGAACUCAGGCGUCACCAGGAAUAACCUGGAGCCCCUCUUUGAGAGAUACCUGAAUAGCCUGCGGAGGCAGCUGGACAACCUCCAGGGUGAGCGGGGCAAGCUGGACUCGGAGCUGAGGAGCGUGCAGGACCUCGUGGAGGACUUCAAGACCAAGUACGAGGAUGAAAUCAACAAGCGCACAGCCGCAGAGAAUGACUUUGUGGUGCUCAAGAAGGAUGUGGAUGCCGCCUACAUGGGACGGAUGGACCUGCAGGGCCAAGUGGGCAGCUUGACCCAGGAAAUCGAGUUUCUGACUCAUCUGUAUGAGAUGGAGCUGAGCCAAGUGCAGACCCACGUGUCUGACACCAACGUCAUCCUGUCCAUGGACAACAACCGCUGCCUGGACCUGGACAGCAUCAUCGCCGAGGUCAAGGCCCAGUACGAGCUGAUUGCGCAGAAGAGCCGGGCUGAGGCCGAGGCCUGGUACCAUUCCAAGUAUGAGGAGCUGCAGGUGACAGCUGGGAAGCACGGUGACAACCUGCGGGACACCAAGAAUGAGAUCUCUGAGCUUACUCGCACCGUGCAGAGGCUGCAGGGGGAGGUGGAUGCGGUCAAGAAGCAGUGCCAGCAGCUGCAGACGGCCAUCGCGGAGGCGGAGCAGCGUGGGGACCUGGCUCUGAAGGACGCACAGAAGAAGCUUGGGGACCUGGACAUGGCCCUGCACCAGGCCAAGGAGGACCUGGCCCGGCUGCUGCGCGACUACCAGGCCCUGAUGAACGUGAAGCUGGCCCUGGACGUGGAGAUCGCCACCUACAGGAAGCUGCUGGAGGGCGAGGAGAGCCGGAUGUCCGGAGAGUGCCCCAGUGCCGUCAGCAUCUCGGUGACUGGCAACUCCACCACGGUGUGCGGCGGCAGCGCCGGAGGCUACGGGGGCGGCAUGUCCCUGGGCGGGAGUGGGGGCGCCAGCAAGGGCGGAUUCAGCAGCAACGUCGGCUACGGCACCGUGAAGGGAGGGCCCAGCUCUGGGGGCACCUCCAUCCUGCGGAAGACCACCACGGUCAAGACGUCCAGCCGGAGAUACUAG